ACGUAGCGCUAAACCAGACUGGACGCGGCGGCGACACGAAUUCACCGUUCUAAUAUUUAUACACGUUACACGUCUUCACUACACGUCUUGCGUCCAUCCGCCAUCGUCGCCGUUCUAUCAGUUUUCGCCCGUUUUGAAGAAUCGAUCAACGACAACCGUCAAAAAUGCCUGUAAAUCCAAGUGCAAUGCAAUCAACCAACAAUGGUCCCAGGUCUCCAUCUAAACCAGGCGCAUCUAGAACUGCCGGAAAUGUGCUUAGACAGCGAAAAACUGCUGCACCCACUACAUCAGUUAGAAACCGUAACACUGGAACUAGCAGUGGAGGUAUGUGGCGUUUCUACACAGAUGACUCACCUGGAAUUAAAGUAGGACCUGUGCCCGUGUUAGUGAUGUCUUUGUUGUUCAUUGCCUCCGUUUUUAUGUUGCAUAUUUGGGGAAAAUAUAAUAGAGCUUAAUUACUUUGUUUAAUUUAUUUUUGUAUAUAAUUUAUCUUAAGAUCAUUCCCGAUUUUUUUUAUAAUAAUUAUUGAAUUCUAUAUGGCAAUAUUCACUAAAGCAUUAUAUUAUUGGUUAAACAAAAUUAAAAAUCAUCCAGUAAGUUUUUA